GUGGUGUGUUUGGAAGUCGUCGUCGAGAAACCUCGCUUCGCGGAUCGACGAUUCGGGCUGUUGAACGCGUGCGAGCACUGCUUUUGCCUGAAUUGCAUUCGCGGAUGGCGUCAGGGAGGAACGCAGCGAGGGGCCGAAGCGAGCGCUUCGAGCAACGAACAAGCGCGCAUGUGCCCGAUUUGUAGGACGACUUCUCACUUCAUUACGCCGACGACGUCGUGGCCGAGAAACGACGAAGAAAAGACACAGAUGAUCGACUCGUACCGAGAACGGAUGGGCAAAAUACCGUGCAAACAUUUCGACGGCGGCGACGGCACGUGUCCGUUUGGAACUUCGUGUUUCUACGAACACAGAUACCGCGCUACGGGCGAGUUGGAGAGCGCCGAAGUACGGAAAAGCACCGCUUCAGACGGGAGUUUGAACAUCCUCACUCCGGUUCGAUUGAGCGAUUUCAUCCAGACGUCGAGAAGGUUUAGAUAG